AUGGUCAUGCAAAGACACCACCUCACCUGCGCAGGAAUAGCAUUCAUCCUCUGCCUUCAUCACCUCAUCAGCGCCAUCGAAGUCCCUCUGGAUUCAAAUAUUCAGAGCGAAUUGCCUCAGCCCCCUACAAUCACCAAGCAGUCUGUGAAGGACUACAUCGUCGACCCAAGGGAUAACAUCUUCAUUGAAUGUGAAGCCAAAGGGAACCCCUUUCCCACGUUUUCCUGGACGCGGAACGGGAAGUUCUUCAACGUGGCGAAGGACCCCAAGGUGUCCAAGCGGCGGCGGUCGGGGACGCUUAUCGUUGACUUCCACAGCGGGGGACGGCCGGAGGACUACGAGGGCGAGUACCAGUGCUUCGCCCGGAACGACUACGGCACUGCUCUCUCCAGCAAAAUCCACCUCCAGGUUUCUAAGUCUCCCCUGUGGCCCAAGGAGAAGGUGGAUGUGAUAGAGGUGGACGAAGGCGCCCCGCUCAGCCUGCAGUGCAACCCGCCGCCUGGUCUGCCCCCUCCCGUCAUCUUCUGGAUGAGCAGCUCCAUGGACCCCAUCCACCAGGACAAGCGUGUCUCCCAAGGCCAGAACGGUGACCUGUACUUCUCCAACGUCAUGCUGCGGGACGCCCAGACCGACUACAGCUGCAACGCGCGCUUCCACUUCACCCACACCAUCCAGCAGAAAAACCCCUACACCCUCAAGGUGAAAACCACCCGAGGGAUUACGGAAACAACUCCCAGCUUCAUGUAUCCCUACGGGACCUCAAGCAGUCAGAUGGUGCUCAGAGGGGUGGACCUCUUGCUGGAGUGCAUUGCUUCAGGAGUACCAGCACCAGACAUCAUGUGGUACAAGAAAGGAGGAGAGCUCCCAGCAGGCAAAACCAAGCUGGAAAACUUCAACAAGGCUCUUCGUAUCUCCAACGUCUCUGAGGAAGACUCCGGGGAGUAUUUCUGCUUGGCGUCGAACAAGAUGGGCAGCAUCCGCCACACGAUCUCAGUGAGGGUGAAGGCUGCUCCAUACUGGUUGGACGAACCCCAAAACCUCAUUCUGGCCCCUGGCGAGGAUGGCAGGCUGGUGUGUCGAGCCAACGGGAACCCCAAGCCUGCGAUACAGUGGCUGGGGGGGGGCAGCGCGCUCUGUUUUGAAGCUUCUCCCCCCAACCCGAGCCGAGAGGUGUCUGGAGACACAAUCGUAUUUCGAGAUACCCAGAUCGGCAGCAGCGCUGUGUACCAGUGCAACGCGUCCAACGAGCACGGCUACCUCCUCGCCAACGCCUUUGUCAGUGUCCUGGAUGUGCCUCCACGGAUACUGGCCCCUCGCAAUCAGCUCAUCAAGGUGAUUCAAAACAACCGGACCCGACUCGACUGCCCCUUCUUCGGCUCGCCGAUCCCCACCCUGAGAUGGUUUAAGAAUGGCCAGGGGAACACGCUGGAUGGAGGGAACUACAAGGCACAUGAGAACGGGAGCUUGGAGAUGAACAUGGCUCGGAAGGAGGACCAGGGCAUCUACACUUGCGUCGCCACCAACAUCUUGGGUAAAGCGGAGGCCCAGGUUCGCCUGGAAGUCAAAGACCCAACCAGGAUCGUGAGAGGACCAGAAGAUCAAGUGGUGAAGAGGGGCUCCAUGCCUCGCCUCCACUGCCGUAUAAAGCACGACCCUACGCUGAAACUCACGGUCACCUGGCUGAAAGACGAUGCGCCCCUGUACAUGGGGAACAGGAUGAAGAAAGAAGAUGAUGGCCUGACAAUAUAUGGGGUGGCUGAAAAGGACCAAGGGGAUUACACCUGCGUAGCGAGCACGGAGCUGGACAAGGACUCGGCGAAAGCGUACCUCACCGUGCUAGCCACCCCUGCUAACCGUGUGAGAGAGUUACCGAAAGAACGACCCGACCGGCCCCGUGACUUGGAGCUGACAGACCUGGCCGAGAGGAGCGUGCGACUGACGUGGAUUCCUGGUGAUGACAACAACAGCCCCAUCACAGACUACAUCGUCCAGUUUGAGGAGGACCGGUUCCAACCUGGCAUGUGGCAUAACCACUCCAGGUACCCCGGGAGUGUCAACUCGGCCGUCCUGCGCCUCUCUCCGUACGUCAACUACCAGUUUCGGGUGAUUGCAGUGAACGACGUGGGCAGCAGCCUGCCCAGCACGCCCUCCGAACGAUACCAGACCAACGGGGCACGUCCUGAGAUUAACCCAACAGGAGUUCAAGGUGCAGGGACCCAAAAAAACAACAUGGAGAUAACCUGGACGCCUCUGAACGCAACUCAAGCUUACGGGCCGAACCUCAGGUACAUCGUGAGAUGGAGGCGCAGGGACCCCCGAGGGAGCUGGUACAAUGAGACAGUGAAGAUGCCGAGGCACGUCGUCUGGAACACACCCAUCUACGUACCCUACGAGAUCAAAGUGCAAGCAGAGAACGACUUUGGUAGAGCACCGGAGCCUGACACCUUCAUCGGCUACUCAGGGGAAGAUUUGCCCAGCUCUCCCAGGUAUUUAAGAAUCCGACAGCCAAACUUGGAAACCAUCAGUCUGGAGUGGGAUCACCCAGAGCAUCCCAAUGGAGUCCUCACAGGAUACAGCCUUAGAUAUCAAGCCUUUAAUGGAUCCAAAACGGGACGAACCAUGGUAGAGAACUUCUCUCCCAAUCAGACAAAGUUCACCCUGCAGAGGACAGACCCCAUCUCGCGCUAUCGCUUCUUCCUGCGCGCACGGACCCAGGUGGGAGAAGGAGAAACCAUAGUGGAGGAGUCGCCACCCUUGCUGAAUGAAGCCACGCCAACCCCAGCUGCAACUGGGCCACCUCCAACUACGGUCGGUCUAACCAGUACUACAACAGCCCCAACUACCACCACCACCACCGACACAACUACCACCAUUACCGACACAACUACCACCACUACCGACACAACUACCACCACUACCGACACAACUACCACCACUACUACAGCCGCCACCACCGCCGCAAGCACUACAACAGCUACAGAGAGGGCUCCAGCAGCCACCACAAAGCAGGAGUUGGCCACCAAUGGAUCGUCCAUAUGGGACAUAAGAGCUAUGGCUAAUAGUAACUGGGCAAACAUCACCUGGAGCCACAAUUACUCUGCAGGAACUGACUUUGUGGUUAAGUAUAUCACCAGUAACAAGACAGAGAAAUCUAUCCCUGUUAAAGCUCAGACCCCUUCCUCUGUGCAGCUGGCGAAUCUGACGCCGGGAAUGAUGUACAAGCUGUGGGUGUUCCCCAUAUGGUCUAGCCCCAGCGAACACUCGUACAUAACCUUUACCACCAGCUCAGCUUAUACCAAGAAUCACGUGGACAUCGCAACGCAGGGCUGGUUCAUCGGGCUGAUGUGUGCCAUAGCUCUCCUGGUCCUUAUUCUGUUGAUUGUCUGCUUCAUUAAGAGGAGCAGAGGCGGGAAAUACCCAGUACGAGAAAAUAAAGACGAGCACCUAAAUCCCGAAGACAAGAACGUAGAAGACGGGUCCUUCGACUACAGCGACGAAGACAACAAACCCCUGCCAAACAGCCAGACCUCCUUGGACGGCACGAUAAAGCAGCAGGAGAGCGACGAUAGCUUGGUGGACUACGGAGAGGGGGGCGAAGGGCAGUUUAAUGAGGACGGCUCCUUUAUCGGCCAGUACACGGUGAAGAAGGACAAAGAGGAGACCGAAGGCAACGAGAGCUCGGAAGCCACCUCCCCAGUCAAUGCUAUCUACUCGCUGGCGUAGCGCGAUGCACUGAAACCACAAACAGCCUGAGGUGUUUGUAGUGGAUGGGGGUUAAACAACAGCCGCCGCCGCCACUACCUCCAACAGAAACGCGUUAAUGAAACCAACCCACAAUGAC